AUGGCAUCAACAUCUGGUAUAUCAACUCCAUUAUUAGUAGAAAUCACUGAAAGGGCAAGGCCAAUAUUCAAGAAAUAUUCAUUCAAAUCGGUUGAAGAUGAUUUGAAUGGAGCAUUUUCUUCUGUGUCGUAUGGGGUAUUGCAUAAUGAGGAUAUUAGGGCAUAUAUUCAUUGUAAUAUCAAAGAGCUUGGGAAUGCUGAUAUGCUAUCACUAUACACUAAGCACAUGAUGGAUGAGAUGGGGAAUCUGAAGCUUGAAUUCAAAUCAUUGCAAGACAAGAUACUCAAGGAGGACAAGAAAUAUGAUUUGUGUGGAGCACUUCUCAGUGAGCUAAUGAGAAACGUGAAGAAGAUCAAGCAAGAUAAGAAGCAUGUUUUCAAGUUUGGUUCUUUGAUUGUUUGUUUGGCAUUUUACUUUUUGAAUGAAAUCCCUAGUAUAGAAAAAGUACAGUGGGAUUAUGAUGAACCAGUGGCAGUUCAAAUUAAAGAAGGUUUGCAAGGAUUGGGUGAUGUAGUAGCACAAAAAUCUGCUUUGUGGGGUUAUUUCAAAUCAUUUCAGGCUAUGAGUCAAAGCAGAGAGAGGAUUCCAAAGGACAUUGUUGAAAAAUAUGAAGAUACUAUAUGCUAUAUGAUGGAUAAAGACCAAUGCCACAUGGAGAAAGAAGAGAGGUUUGGUACUUACAAAGAGAAAGAUCUAGACCUGCAUAAGAAAUUCACUGAGCCCGAAAGGAAGAGCAAGGUCAAAAAAGAAAUUGAAGAGCUUGCAGAGAAAACGGGAAUAACAAAGGAGGUUGUUCAAAGUGCUAGGGAGGAGAAUAUUAUGAAGGAGGAGGACAUGGUAAAGACUAAGAAGAAAAAACUAGUCUCCACUCCUCAUAGGGUGGUGAAGAAGCCUCAAUUCGGUGUAGCCCAACCGAGCAAGAAGUCAAGAAUUAAAGUUGAGCCAUUCGGUAGAGACAGAUCCUGUAGAAAGCCAAAGUCUGAGCUUGAUGAAGCUCUAAAAUCUAGUAAGGUAAAAGUUGAAGUUGAUAGAUUGCUUAAGCUUGCAAAGGAUAAAUUCAGAAGCAAAAAGAGAGUUAAUAAGAUUAUGCUCAAGAAAAUAGAUGAAGUUGUCAAUGAGACCAAAGCAAUUUUGAAACAAUUUUUGAAAGAGCACAAAUAUGAUGAAGAUCAACCUGAGAAAUCCAUUCAUGCAGAGCAGAUAAAUGAACAAACUAUAGUUGAAGAUGAUACUGAUACUGCUAAGGUUAAUGACUUUGGUGAAGUCAAACAAGAUCCUCCAGUGAUAAAGAUUGACUUUGUAAAGGUAGCUGAGGAGAUUGGAAAAGUUGAUGAUGGAAAGGUAGAGGUUGAUGCUGAGAAGGAUAAAGAUGUUGUGAAAGAUGCACGUGUAGAGAUGCUUGCAACUCUCACACAAGCUAAGGUGACUGAGGAGUUACUCAAGUAUCAUUAUGAAGAUAAAGAGUCAAUCCCCUUGGUAGCUAAUGUGUUAGAGAAAUUUUUUCCAUCUUUUAAGUGUGAUUCAACUGAUACUCCCUCCGAUGAGAUCAUCAAUGCUAAUCAAAAUAGCUUUCUUACAUUGGAGAACAAAGCAGGGGCUACUAAAACAAGACUCGAAGGAGUUGAGAACACUCUCAAAAAGAUUGGUGAGAAAAGUCAUAAGAUCCUUAAGGCCACCUCAACUUGUAUGAAGGGUCUUAUCAGUAAGCUGGAGAAUGACCAUAGGGAUAAGGCUUCUAUAGGCAUCAUUGAUAUGAAGGAAGAUACCCCUGAUGACAAGGAGACUGGGCUUGGUAGAAGAACACGUGUGAGCACAAGAAAGUUGCAAAGCCAAAGCAAGGAAAUUGAGGAUAUCAAGCAGGUGGCUGAUAAUAUAGAACAACUGGAGCUGGAAGCCGUUGAGAUGCUUCAGAACUUAACCUAA